AUGUCCGAUCCGCCAACCACCAUAUCCCUCCCGCCCUCUCUGCCAUACCCCGUCACCAUCACCCGCCUCAUCGCCAACCCCGGCGACCCCUUACGCCGGGGAUCUCGGCUGCUCGAGUAUUCCUUCAUGUCGUCUGACCAGCGAGAACGGAUAUCAAAGAGACGAGCGCAAGGGAGGACGGCGGAUAAGGGGAAGGGGGAGAUUGAAGGGGAUGAUAUGGUGGGGUCUUGGGAUAGUUUGAUCGAGGGAGAUGCUGUGGCGUGGAAAGGCGCGAAAGUCGGGCUGGUGGUCGAGAAGAGGGACGCGAGCAAUAUAGUACUCAGUAUCCAGCAAGCAUGCUCCCAUCCUGUUCAGCUUCAUGGAAUGUGCGGUGUCUGUGGUGCCGAUCUGACGGCGUUCAAUACAUCUCAAGCAGGCCCCUCCCGCCACCCUGGUGGAUUCGAGAUAGCACACGACUCUAUGGGAGUUACAGUCUCGAAGAAUGCACGUUUCGCCCUCCUUUCUUUUGAGGCUCAACGGCUCGAGAACCUUACUCGAAACGCCCUCCUCGACACCCGCCGACUCUCUCUCAUUGUAGAUCUUGACCAGACAAUUAUCCACACGACUGUAGACCCCACCGUUGCCGAAUGGAUGGAGCAGAUCGAAAGACAGAAGGAAAGGGAUGCAAAGACGAAAGCGGGGGAGAGGAAUCCGAAUACGGAGGCGCUGGAUGAUGUUGCGAAAUUUCAGAUCGCGGAUGACUUGCCGGCAGAGUACGCCAAGCUCAAGAGCAAGGCUGGACCGGGGAGUAAACCUGUUGAGAGCGGAGGGAGGUGGUACUUUACCAAGCCUAGGCCGGGUCUGCAAAAGUUUCUCGAUGAGAUGUCGGAGUUGUACGAAAUGCACGUCUACACCAUGGGGACGAGGACAUACGCCGAUGCGAUUUGUCAGGUGAUAGAUCCCGAUGGCAAGAUCUUUGGCGGUAGAAUAUUGAGUCGAGAUGAGAGCGGAAGCUUCAGCUCGAAAAAUCUCAAGCGUUUAUUUCCCACCGAUACUAGUAUGGUUGUAGUCAUUGACGAUAGGUCUGACGUCUGGGGAGAUUGCCCCAAUCUGGUCAAAGUCGUUCCUUACGAUUUCUUCCUCGGUAUCGGCGAUAUCAACUCGUCAUUCCUACCCGCCAACAAAUCUACUCCCCCGCCAUCGUCUGCCGCCAAAGCCUCUCCCGCUCCUUCCGGUACCUCGCCAUCUCCUCCUUCGCCUUCUCUUACAGUUGGCGAAAGUGCUGCUUCGACUCCUUCACCUACGACACCCUCGUCCGUCACGGCGGAGGUCGAGCCGACGAGAGAAGAAGAGUUGGUAAUGAAGGCAAAGUUGAUGGAUGAAGUCAGUAGCGAGCGACCUUUGGCGAAGCUUCAAGAAGAGCUGGAGCAUGCGGGGGAAGGCGAGGGGGGGGAGAAGGGGGUGAAGGAGUCCUCGACACGUUUGGUGACGUCGGAGGAGUUCAAGGAGAGGUCGUCUUCACCGAGCAAAGUCCCGAAACCGCUGCUCAAUCCUCACGACUACGAACUCAUCAGAGUUGCGGAGAUCUUGACUGAAAUACAUGGCCGGUUCUACAGCGGGUUUGACGCUAUCGAGAAUUGGAAGCCGACGAACACUUUGCCCAUGAACUGUGAUGUAGAGUUUAUCAUUCCCGAGAUCAAAGCGGAAGUGUUGGAAGGGUGCACCCUUGUCUUUUCCGGUAUGAUUCCUCGGGAAGUGAACCCGGCCAACACCACCAUCUGGCAAACGGCAGAAUCCUUCGGCGCCCUGAUAACCCCCUCACUCACCCCUCGCACCACCCACCUCGUCACCGCUGUUUUCAACACCGAAAAGACAUGGCGCGCUUCCAAGAUGCCGCAUGUCAGUACUGUUUGGGGAGAGUGGUUUUGGGAUAGUGUGGCGUUGUGGAAGAGACAGGAUGAGGGGAAGUAUUUGGCAAAGAAGGAAGGGAGCGAGCCGGAGAAGGAAGAGAAGAAGGGCGGGCAAGUUGCCGAGUCACAGCCCGAGGGCGGGGCGGAGCAAAGAAAAGGAGAAGGGGGGGAGGAGAAUAAGGAUAUGAACGACGAUACCCAAGUGGGGACUGGGUGGGACGAGGAAGCGGAGAAGGAAUGGGAAGAUUUCAUGGCGGGCGAGGAUGAUUGGUCGGAGGAUGGGAGUGUGGCGGCGAGCGAGGCGGGGAGUGUGAGGAGUAUCGGGAGUGCUCCGUCGACGCCUAGUCGGAAAAGGGUGAGGUAUGCGGAUGAGGAGUUCUUGCCGCUGGAGGACUUUAAGGACCCGUCGCCGCAGGAUUCGCUCGAACCCGAGUCAAAACGGCGCAAACCGCUCCUUCUUGAAGACGCAAAGCCAGGCGAAGACAUCCCGGAAGCGAACCGAAUGCAAUACAAAGCGAAGGGGUCGUAUGGAAAAGGCAAGGAUGAGGCGAAAGGCGAACAGGGUGAAACUGGGACGUCGGGGGUGGAAGACGACAGCUUUAACGUUGGGGGAGGAGAAGGAGAUGACGAGUUUGCGCAGAUGCUCAUGGACAGCUUGGCCGACGGCGAAGAGGUCGAGGACGAAGACGAAUAG